AUCAUGGACGGUAAACUCCUGUUUUUUGUAACGUUAUUUAUUAUUUAUACAAAAUCAACAUGUUUGGAAUCAGGUGAAGAUAUUUAUAUUACAACGGAAAUGGUUACAAACUCCGACGACCGAGUAUGCAAAACUAAAAUGCGACAAUGCUCGAUUAAAGUGACUACGAAAUAUUUGAAAGGAGAGCAGGGUCCAGUAGGACCUACAGGACCAACGGGAGCCCCCGGAAUUCCGGGUACAAAUGGGAAGAACGGGGAGAGAGGACCACCUGGGCUACCGGGAUCUCCAGGAGUUUAUAUACCAACUUUUGAUUCAGACGAUGACAUGGGUGAUAUUGCUUUAGGUGACAAAGGAAAGCCUCUAACUGGACUUUGUAGCGAGCAUCCAUUUGUUCAGGCUGAAGUCGAAAAAAACAAACAAUUUUGGAUGAAAAAACAAAAUCCUUUCUUAGUCACGUGUCCAAAAGACGGUUGGACAUGUAUUCAAAUUACGGGAAAUUCUUUUCAAACUAACUAUACGAAUAAAGACAGACAAUUCUGGUUAAGUGAACAAAAAUUUAAUGUUACGGAUUUUUACGGGUUAUCAUCAGAUCAAAUAUCAUUUUUACAAUCGAAAGCGGGUUCUGCGCGGCAGAAAAUUAGAUACAAUUGCACCAACUCUUUUGUUUUACCUGAAGAUAGAGAAAGGUCUUUACAAAUCCUUUUAUGGAAUGAUAGGCGAUACAAAUAG